CUGGCUGAUGAUUAACCGAGAGUCUGCUGCCCUGGGCCCGAGGCGGGAGGCCACCUCUGUGUGCACGCGCGGCCUGUGACGUGAUCCACUUCCUGGUAACAGCUUCCCUACAGCUUCUCCAGUGGCCGACAGAUUGGUUCCUGUGUUUGUGUGGGGAGAGCUCGGAGGCAGGGAAGAGGGGACCCAGAACCUUCGCUGAAGACCCGAGGGGCAGAUUCACCUGCCACAGGCUUCCCCAGUGGCUCAGCAGUAAAGAAUUCUGCAAUGCAGGAGAUGCAGGAGACUCAGGUGAGGAGGAACAUGUGAGAUGGAGGGAGCUGCCGAGAGAGGCGUCCUGGCCGUGCUGGUGGUCCUGGCUGGGCUGGCAGCCUGUGGAUCUGGCAGCGAAAUCAUAGAGGGUCCCAAGAACGUCACGGCCCUGAAGGGCUCGGAGGCUCGCUUCAGCUGCACCAUCUCCCAGGGCUGGAAGCUCAUCAUGUGGGCUCUGAGGGGCACGGUGGUGCUGAGCGUGACGCCUAAUGGGUCCAUCAUCACCAGUGACCGCUUCACCUCAGCAAGCUACCAAGAGGGCGCGAACUUCAUCUCUGAGAUGAUAAUUCAUGAUGUGCAACUCAGCGAUGCUGGGCAAGUCAAAUGCAGCCUUCAGAACAGCGACCGGGACGGAGCCGCCUUCCUUUCCGUUCAAGUCAUGGGGCGGUUGCUCAUUCCUGGAGGCAGCCUUGUAGUCAUUGAGGAUAAUCCUUGUAACAUAACUUGCCGUGCACUGAACUGGACCCCGCUCCCAGAUCUUUCCUGGGAGAUAGGGGUUCCCGUGAGCCAUUCGAGCUAUUAUUCCAUCCUGGAGCCUGAGGACCUUCAAAGUGUAGAGAGCGUCCUUGCUCUGACGCCGCAGGGGAACGGCACUGUGACUUGUGUGGCUGAGAUGAAGGGGCUGGACGUCCGUGAGUCUGUAACUGUCCGUCUCACUGUGGUUCAGCCUCCCUUGGACAGUAUUGAUAAACCAGGUACCUCAUUGCCUACCUGGGCCAUAAUUCUACUUGCUGUGUCAUUGUCAUUGCUUUUGAUCCUGGUCAUUGUUCUGACUAUAAUAUUAUGCUGCUGUGUCUCCAGGACAGAGAAAGAAGAAUCUAGUUAUCAAAGUGAAAUAAGGAAAUCUGCAACUAUGAAGACAAGCAAAGACACUCUUGGGACAAAGUUGGAAAGUGGAAAUGAAAACUAUGGCUACCAUUCAGAUGAGCCAAGGACCAUACAUGAGUGGCUGGGUUUGGACACCGAGCCAGCUUCCCUUCAUGACAAGUCCUCUGAAGCCAGUGUUCCAGAACAACGCAGCAGUAGGCAACCUCAUCAGGAGUCUAAUCACCACCAACUGGGCCCAGCAAAUCACCCACCAGUUUCCUUUAACAUGGGCAGUCCUAAGAAGGUCAGGAAUGUGACUUUGGUAUAGUACAGACAUCCCUUUGGCUUAACAUGGCUCUUGACUGAAGACCUACAUCUCACUGCUCACAAUGUCAUCAUCGCUUACUGUGAUGUCAUCACUGCCGUCAUUCUAACGCUGGGCUCCCACUUUGCAGCAUGACCUGGAAGAAGCAGUGUUUUCAUCAUCAGAAUGGAUAUUUUAUUUUGAGAGAAGGACUCCAUUUCCCCAGCUUCUAAAGUGGAAUUUGACUUUUAAAAUAUUUCAAGAUUUCAGCGAAUUCCAUAGUUACUAAGUAAAAGUUGCACAUUCAUUAUGAUAAUGCUUCUCAUCACUCAACACUCCUGCUUGCUAACCCAACAAAUGGCAGAUAUGUCUACAUCCCAUUGUGACGUUUAAGAGGUCUUUAUUAUCUACAGUCUCUUGAAGAUAAUAUUUAUGAUCCAACCAGUCCAUCCUAAAGGAGAUCAGUCCUGGGUGUUCAUUGGAAGGACUGAUGCUGAAGCUGAAACUCCAAUACUUUGGCCACCUCAUGCAAAGAGUUGACUCAUUGGAAAAGACCGUGAUGCUGGGAGGUAUUGGGGGCAGGAGGAGAAAGGGACAACAGAGGAUGAGAUGGUUUAAUGGCAUCACUGACUCGAUGGGCAUGAGUUUGAGUAAACUCCGGGAGCUUGUGAUGGACAGGGAGGCCUGGCGUGCUGCGAUUCAUGGGGUCGCAAAGAGUUGGACACGACUGAGCGACUGAACUGAACUGAACUGAACUAUGUGGGUGUUAUUGCAUAUUAUCUGUGGGAAAAAAAGAGGAUUAAACAUUAGGAUCCAUCAGAUGACUGAAAUUGCCCAGAAAAAUCAUUAGUUGUAGGUUAUAAAUAAUAUUACAUUCUAAAGCAGAAGUGCACCUUGAGAAAUAUCUUAUUAUUGGAUAUUGACAUGAAGACAUUCAUUUUUAUCUGCUCCCUUAUCAAUCUUGUUCUCAUGUCCUCAGAUGAGUUAGAUGUGGAUUUUGCUGUUUGGGGGAUGUAUCUCCAGCCAUGAACAAACUGGAUAUGGGCAAUAACGUUCUCUCAUAAAUAAAAGGGAAGACACCAAAAAACCUUUUAUUGUUCUUCUUAACUCUUUACUAUUUAAAUGGUUUAAAUAAUCAUAGAGUUUAAGAACCAAGAAACAAAACAGGAGACCUCUAUUAAAAAUUCCUUUUUCAUUUUCCAUGUAGAGAUUCACAGUGUAUUUUGCUGAUGACCCCAUUUCUUCAUAUUUAACGUAGAGGUUGGCCUAUGAUUUGACUGAGCUCUGCACUGGUUGGUGCAGAUUACUGCGAUGUAGUAAUUAGCAACUCCCCUGAGCCCCCCAGGCCCAACCAUGCUAUUGUCAAGAUAGAAUUUGACUUUUCAGAAGUAUUAGGAUUUUAUGGCACCCCACUCCAGUACUCUUGCCUGGAAAAUCCCAUGGACAGAGGAGCCUGGUAGGCUGCAGUCCAUGGGGUCGCUAAGAGUUGGACACGACUGACUGACUUCACUUUCGCUUUUCACUUUCAUGCAUUGGAGAAGGAAAUGGCAACCCACUCCACUGUUCUUGCCUGGAGAAUCCCAUGGACAGAGGAGCCUGGUGGGCUGCCGUCUAUGGGGUCGCACAGAGUCGGACAUGACUGAAGUGACUUAGCAGCAGCAGUGAAUUCCUUAGAGUUACCUGGUAAAAGACACACAUUCAUUGUGAUGAUGAUGUUUCUUAUCAUACACUCCUGUGUGCUAGUCUAUUCACAAAGAAGUCUCUACAGGCAGACCUCAGAAAUGUUGUAGGUUUGGUUCCAGACCACAGCAAUAGAGCAAGUCACACAAUUUUUUUUUUUUGGAUUCCCAGAGUAUGUGAAAGUUAUAUUUACAUACACUGUAGUCUAUUGAAUGUGCCUUUGUGUUAUGUCUAAAAGAACAAUGCACACAUCUUAAUUAAAAAAAUAUCUUCUUGCUAAAAAAUGCUCGCCAUCAUAUGAGUGGUCAGUGAGUUGCAAGCUUUCUGCAAGAGUCACAUCAGAAAUCACUGAUCACAGGUUAUCAAUUGAAAAAAAACUACCCAACCUAAAAACAGAGAAUUUUUUAAUUUGGCAAAUUUUCUAAAGCCAUCAAGCCUGGAAUGCAGCCUCCUACUGAGCUCUGAGGAACUGCUCCCAAGAGGUAAGGGAGGAGACAGGAUAUGGAGGAGUUUUUGCAACAGUGACCAGAUAGUCAUCAAAAGAUGACCGUUAAUUAAAGAAAACCAGACAUCUCAAGUUAAGCAAUUCAGUGUUUUUCUAUGUACGGGGAGAUACAAGAGCCUGUGCUCGCUGAAAUCAUUCAUUUUCUGUGCAUCUCAACUGUCUGGAGCCAGGAUCUUGUUCUCUCCUAUCCUGGGUCCCCUCAGGGCUCAUCUUCAGGGCCGACUGCAGUGGCUGAUGGCUUGAUGGCCACAGUAUCCUUUGUUUGCUGAUAUGGCAGGCGACAUUUUACAUCCACAACUGCAGCAAGUAUAAUAAUAAUGAAAGUUUGAAAUACUGUGAGAAUUACCAAACUGUUGACACAGAGACAGGAAGUGAGCAAAGGCUGCUGGAAAAAUGGCACUGAUAGACUUCUGCUGGGUGUCACAAACCUUCAGUCUGUAAAUACAAUAUCUAUGAAGCACAAUAAAGCAAAGCAUAAUAAAAUGAUGUGUAUCUGUAUACUAUCAUGAUAUAAAAUACUUUUUUUUUAUCUUAAAUUACAGUCAGCCCCUACCCUGGACCCUCUUCUAUGAAUUGAUGACUAACUCAAGGGAGAUUUGCUGGCACAACAUGGGACUGUGUUCUGCUCUGUACCUGUUCUGAAUGGCUGGUUCCCAUAUAUUAUCCAUUCUGAUUGGUUGAUGUACUUACAAAUAUCCUUUCUGAUUGGGUGGUUCCCAUGCACUAUGCAUUCUGAUUUGUUGGUGUACCUAGACUAAUUAUUCUGAUUGGUUGGCUCAUCUACCCUGUCCAUUCUGAUUGGGUGGCUUUCCUGCUUUCAGUUCAGUUCAGUUGGGUUGCUCAGUCAUGUCUGACCGUUUGCGACCCCAUGGACUGCAGCACUGCCAUGCUUCCCUGUCCAUCACCAACUCCUGGAGCUUGCUCAAACUCAUGUCCAUUGAGUCGGUGAUGCAAUCCUACCAUCUCAUCUUGUCAUCCUCUUCUCAUCCUGCCUUCAGUCUUUCAGGUUGUCAAAUACUUUGAAUAUCACCACUACUUAGAAGAUCCUGAAAAAAAUACCUCUUAUAAGACUGUGUCCCUAAUGUGACGGAAUUGGUCACCUAUGUUCUUGAAGGGUGAAACUAAAAGUGCAAAAUUUCAGAAAGCCAUGAAUAUUGCUAUAUCACUUUCCCGAGAGUCCUUUCAAUGAGAAACAUUAAAUGUUUUUAAUGAGAAACAUUAAUUGCCAAUACAACUGCUUAAAAAUGAGACUCUUGUUUAUUAUCAAGACUUCUUUACUUCCUGUCAACAUGAUUCUGUCUCCCGCCUCCAUCCCUGAAUGAGAAAG